AGAGGGAAUAGUCCCUGAGCUGAGCUGGCUGCUUACGGCUGCUGCUAGUGGUGACUUUUGUUAUUGGAUUUCUGUUUUCGAAUGUUAGCGACGAUAGAGGAUUAGCUAUUCGAUCGAACACAUUUAGUUUUAAUACGAUAAACUCCAUCAACAAGCAGUUGUCUUAGACUCGUUUUACGGGCACGGUCUCCUUUUCUUUUUAAUUUGCUGCUCCGACGCCAUGGAUUCCGCCAGUCAAGACAUCAAUCUGAACUCUCCAAAUAAAGGCCUUGGCUCAGGCUCUCUAUCAGACAUGCCAGCAGAGAUUGGUGCGUCUGCUGGGAGUCCAGUAACACUUCCUCCAGGACUAACAGAGGAAGAGGCAGAAGAACUAAAGACUGAACUCACCAAGGUGGAGGAGGAGAUUCAGACUCUGCGGCAGGUACUCAUGGCCAAAGAGCGCCACGCGUCCGAACUGAAGCGCAAACUUGGUCUCAGCCCUCUGAGCGAACUCAAACAGAACAUCACCAAAGGCUGGCAGGACGUGCAGACCUCGAACGCAUAUCUUUCAGCCUCUGCCACUCUGGAUGACAUUGCCAACUCUGAAGUGUACAAGAAGACUCAGGAAACACUGUCUCAGGCAGGACAGAAGACCUCAGCAGCCUUCUCCACCGUGGGCUCUGCUAUCAGUAGAAAACUAGGAGACAUGAGAGCGCUGCCUUUCUCUAACUCCUUUGGUAGCAACUACUCCAUUCGCCAUUCGAUAAGUAUGCCAGCUAUGAGGAACUCAACAACUUUCAAAUCAUUUGAGGACAAAGUUGGAAAUCUAAAGUCUAAGGUGGUUGGAGGGAGCGGCAACGGCAAUGGCCUCCAGUCUCCGACCGAGUCGAACCCUGUGCAGGAGAACGCACCGUUCUGAGCCUCUACACUCCCAAACGAACACUCAUCUCAUCUCUUAGUGAAGCCUGACCUGCUAUAGCCACCAUCACUUCUCUUCAUCUCUAUCUCUCUAUCAAUCAGCCUCUUCCUCUCUCUCUCUCUCUCUCUCUCUCUCUCUCUCUCUUCCUCUCUCUCUCCUUCCUCCAGCUCCUCUUUCCACCUAAACCUUGCAUGUGCUUGUCUCACCUCUCCACAGCUUACGUGACACGGACUCAUCACAAAAAAAAAAAUUGUACAAAACAAAAGAGAUAAUAACGUUCCAACCAUUUUGUAUUCGAAAGUAUUUUACACUGCUUUGCAUAAUGUUUUUACAUAACGUGUAUAUAUAUAUAUAUAUAUAUAUAUAUAUAUAUAUAUAUAUAUAUAUAUAUAUAUAUAUAUAUAUAUAUAUACAUGUGUCUAUAUAUAAGUAUAAAGACUACAAAUAAUUAUAUUUAAACUUUACUGCCAAGCAGCAUUCAUCAGAAAGGGGAAAGGAGCAGAAACCUGGAGAGAGAGAGAGAGAGAGGGCUGCUGUUUGAAAUACUCCCACAUUGAGAACGUGCUGCAGUUUUCUACGCUGCUCUUCAUUAAUUUGAGGACUUUUUUACUCCGAGUACAACGUGAAGCCACGCUUUACAGUACAUCUGGUGAAUGUCUAAUCCUUUGUCUGCCUUACACUAUCACUCUUGUUGAUUUUUUUGUUGUUUUUUUUUUUGCUGGGCAAAGCAAGCCGCGUUAAGGUUCUUCUCUCUUUUUAUUCCCUUGUCCUCUUUAUUUUUUUUUUUGGUUUCCCGUGUCGAUCUGGAGUACCGGACUCGUUUUUUUGUUUCCGUCGUUAUUUACGCCUCGCCUUUUGCUUUGUUCCGGCGCUUUGUGCCAGCAAACCGAGGCCAUUUCGAAGACCUUCUGCUGUUGAAACGAAGAGCUAUAUCACCAACUCGCACUCACACUUAAUUACUGUGUUAGAAAAAUCGCUCUUGAAUAUAGCUCUUGCUUUAUCCUGCACUACCCCGAUGUGGAACACACUGACUCAGACCAGUGGGGUUUUUUAAUUGACAUUAGACUGCAUACUUGUCUGAUUUGUUUGCUAGCACAGUCACUUUGCAUUUCAAAACCAAUCAUUGGCCAAGUCUCUUUUUCAUUUCUUUUUUUUUUUUGUGUGUGCAUGUGCGUCAAUUGUUAAUCAUUAUUAUUUUGCAUUAUUUCAUAAUUUUUUUUUAAAGGUGUCAAUAGGUUCAACGAUUUCAGUAAUAUGCUAUACAUUAUUAUCCUAGACUGAGCUAGAAUCUGAGGGAUUUACUAUAUCUAUAUGACAGAAAUAUGUACAGCUACGCUGCCAGUAACACACAGCAGAUGUAUUGAGAUUCAUCAAUGACGUAUCAAUGAGUUUUUAAAGGUGUAUAACUUCGAGCGAGAAAAACGAUAUAUAUCCCUUAAGCUGCGUAGGUGUGAAUGGUACCAGCGGUUGUAGAGCGCCUGAGCACAAUAUAGCUUUAAAAUCUGAGAUUGUAGCUCAGCUUUACAGAACGAGAGGAUCUAGGGGCUACUUGGGAGGAAUUUGGUGUGAUUACUCAUUUAUGUUAAUGUCAGUGUAUGUUCUGUUUAUCAAUAAAGCAUUCCUUCAAAUAUG